UCCCCACUCUCCCACCCUGUAAUUGUAUGCUUUUUUUUUUUCGACACAUUCUCCAUUUCCAUGCUUCUUCCUUCCGUCCUAUGUCUCUAGCUUCCUGUUUUGGUAAACCACUUUAGGUUACCAAAAUGCCACUGCUAUUCCUACUACUAGCCAUUCAUUCAUAAAAGAGAAGAGAUAUAUAGAGAGAGAGAUAUCCAUUUUUUUCUCCUUCUAGAUUGGUUUGUUGUUUGUGGGAAGGGAGAGAUCACAGAAAGACCCGGAAGAUGAAGAGGUCUCCAACUUCUUCUUGUUCUUCUUCUUCUUCUUCUUCUUCUUGUGUUGGGUCUGGUGUUUUUCACAAAUCAGAGAAGUCCAAAUUAGCCAAACGUUCCAGGAAAAACAAGAGUACAGAGAAAUGCAAGCAGGAUGCAAACAGCUCAAUCUCAGGCAGGAGAAGCUCAAUUUACAGAGGAGUCACCAGACAUAGAUGGACUGGGAGGUUUGAGGCUCACCUCUGGGAUAAGAGUACCUGGAAUAACAUUCAAAACAGAAAAGGACGACAAGUUUAUUUGGGGGCAUAUGAUAAUGAGGAGGCUGCUGCUCACACCUAUGAUCUUGCUGCCCUAAAGUAUUGGGGCCCCGAGACAACCUUGAAUUUCCCGAUAGAGACAUACACGAAGGAACUUGAAGAAAUGCAGACAGUUUCCAAGGAAGAAUAUUUGGCAACAUUGAGAAGACAGAGUAGUGGAUUUUCUAGAGGUGUUUCUAAAUAUCGUGGUGUGGCCAGGCAUCACCAUAAUGGUCGGUGGGAAGCAAGAAUUGGAAGAGUUUUAGGGAACAAGUAUCUGUAUCUGGGAACUUAUAACACACAGGAAGAGGCUGCAGCGGCCUACGAUAUGGCAGCCAUAGAGUUCAGAGGAGCAAAUGCAGUAACCAAUUUUGAUGUCGGCAAUUACAUUGACCGCUUGAAGAUGAAAAUUCCCGGCUGCAGUGCUCACAGCUUGACUCAACCAGAAGAAUCACUUCCCAUUUCUUGCACUCAAUCUGAAGUAAAAGUAGAGCAACAACCACAACAUCUACAACAAAUAGCUGUAGAUCAACUUCAUUAUACACUGCUCCCUCCAUGCAUGGACGCCCCUACAAUGGUGGUUCUGGACCAUGCCAACCAGCAGGAUCCUUGGAGCUUUAUGGAUACCGGCAGCAUUGCUCCCCUCCCAGUUCAAAACCUCCCCCUAGAAAAGCCCUGUGAGUUAACAGACCUGUUCGAUCACACAGGGUUUGAGGAUGACAUUGAUUUGAUAUUCGAAGCAGCAGGCAGCACUCAAGCCGAUGGCAACUUGAAUGGCAUUUUGGAUGAUGCAGCUGGUAAUGGUGGGGCUGUUCAGGUUGGUGUCUCGAGGAGAAUGGAGGGUGGAAUUGAUACUGUAAUUGGGCAGGAGAGGUUGUUGUCUUGUUCUACUUCUUCCCAAUCUUCAACAACAACAUCGGUGUCUUUUAUUUAUUCUGCUUGAAGUUUUUGGUCUUUCAGAGGGGAUACUUGGGAUUUGUAAUUUUUGUUUGGACUUAGUUGGUGGGAUCUGUUCUGGGUAGGUGGGAGUCUAAAAACUCUGAUCCAUGUUCUCUGCUUUCUUGUUUUUGUUCAUUUCUUUUAUUCAAAGGUGAAAAGAAUAAAUAAGG